CAUGGGAAACACACUCGUGCUAUGUUUUCUCGUAGUACUGAGGGUCGUUCAGAGUCUAUUUUUUCAUCAUUUCAUUCUGAUAUUUGGGGUCCUAGUAGAGUCACCUUAGGAUUUCGUUAUUUUGUUAGUUUCAUUGAUGAUUACUCAAGAUGUACUUGGGUUUUUUUAAUGAAAGAUCGUUCUGAGUUAUUUUCUAUUUUCAAAAGUUUCUUUGCUGAAAUACAAAAUCAGUUUGGGGUUUCUAUUCGUACUUUUCAUAGUGAUAAUGCCUUAGAAUACUUAUCCUCUCAAUUUCGGGAGUUUAUGACUUACCAAGGCAUUAUUCACCAGACUACUUGUCCAUACACCUCUCAACAAAACGGUGUAGCUCAAAGAAAAAAUCGACAUCUUAUUGAGACCGCUCGUACUCUUCUCCUUGAAUCCAAUGUUCCGCUGCAUUUUUGGGGAGAUGCAGUUCUUACGUCUUGUGAAAUAAAAUGUCUUCUUCUUCUAUUCAGAAUCAGGUUCCACAUUCCAUACUGUUUCCUCAGUCACAUCUCUAUCCAAUCCCCCCUCGUGUUUUUGGGAGCACAUGCUUUGUUCAUUACUUAGCCCUUAGUCCCAGGAAAAGAUAAAUUAGCUCCUCGUGCCCUCAAAUGUGUCUUUCUUGGCUACUCUCGAGUCCAAAAAGGGUAUCAAUGUUAUUCACACGAUCUUCAUCGAUACCUUAUGUCCGUUGAUGUUACCUUUUUUGAGUCUAAGCCUUACUAUACAUCUUCUGAUCAUCCUGAUGCAUCUAUGGUCUUACCCAUGCCUCAAGUUUUACUUGUGCCAACCUUUGAGGAAUCUAUAGUUACUUUUACAUCUCCAGUUGUUGUGCCACCAUUACUAACUUAUCAUCGUCGUCCACGUCCAACCCUAGUCCCAGAUGAUUCAUGUCAUGCGCCAGUUCAUGCUCCUACUGCGGACUUGCCUGCACCUAGCCCACCGCUUGCACUUCAAAAAGCUAUACGAUCCACUGAAAAUACUAACCCACAUUAUACCUUCUUAAGUUAUCAUCGUUUAUCAUCACCCUAUUAUGCCUUUAUGUCGUCUUUGUCUUCAUUUCCAUUCCAAAGACUACAGGUGAAACACUUUCUCAUUCUGGAUGGAGGCAGACUAUGGUUGAUGAGAUGUCUGCUUUACAUAAGAGUGGUACUUGGGAGCUUGUCUCCUUUCCUGCAGUUUGAUGCUGCUUUAGCUGAUUUGAAACUGUCACUGCCAAGUCAGUACAAAGAUACAGAUGAUAUGUAUAAGAAGCUUCGGAAGAGAUUGUCCAAUUGUUAUGCAAAGAUAUUGUGUUGCCUGGAAAAUCUAGGCAUCAUUUGUGCUUAUGAGGCUGUUAAAAUCUGCUUGGAAAAUGUGCCUAAUGACAAAGAUGAAAAUGAGAUUCUAAGGACAAGUUCUCUACAACAUAGAUACUUUUUGGAGGAGGCAUUGUCAAUUAUCCAGGAAUCAAUGCCACAAGACUGUGAGAGUCUCUUCGAUGUUGGAUAUGACUUGUCAGCAACUCUGUUAAUGGGCCAUAUAUCUUCAAAACUGCAAGUGCUUCUUGAAAUUUUUCAACUCCUUGGGAAAGCCACACAAGUACGCUGUCUCAUUUUUGUUGAAAGAAUUAUAACAGCUAAGGUAAUUGAAAGAGUUAUGAAGAAAAUGACCUGGUUUUCACAUUUCACAAUAGCAUAUUUGACUGGAACAAACACAUCUGUCGAUGCUCUGACACGAAAAGCGCAAAAAGAAACCUUGGGAUCUUUUCUCUCUGGAAAGGUCAAUUUAUUAUUUGCCACUGAUGUGGUUGAGGAGGGAAUUGAUGUGCCACACUGUUCUUCUGUAAUACGAUUUGAUUUACCAAAGACAGUUCGUAGUUAUGUCCAAUCUAGGGGACGUGCUCGUCAGACUGAGUCUCAGUAUAUACUUAUGCUUGAGAGAGGAAACAAGAAGCAGAGGGAGCAGAUGUUCGAUAUUAUUAGGAGUGAAUAUUCUAUGACAGAUACAGCUAUAAAGAGAGAUCCUGAUGAUUCUGUGGUGAAACCUUGUCUUGUGAAGGAAACUAAAGCAUAUUAUGUGGAGGCAACUGGAGCAUCAGUAACUGCAGAUUCUAGUGUCAGUGUCUUGACUAAAUAUUGUGAAAUGCUCCCUGGAGAUAAGUUCUUCUCUCCAAAGCCAGUGUUUCAGUACAUUUUGUCUGGAGAGUUGUACCGGUGUAAGUUGACAUUACCUCCAAAUGCAGCUCUCCAAACGAUUGUUGGUCCAGAAUGCAGGAGUUCUCAACUAUCAAGGCAGCUUGUCUGCUUGGAUGCAUGUAAGAAGCUGCACCAGAUUGGUGCUCUCAAUGACCAUCUUCUUCCUUUCAAUGAAAAACCUCCCCGAGGUGGCUCUGAUGUGCAGGACAGAAAAUUAGGCGCAGGAACAACAAAGUUGAAAGAAUUACAUGGGACAGCUUGUAUUAGUGCAUUAUCUGGGUCACGGGGAAAUGAUCCUAAUGGAGAAGUAUAUCAAGUGUAUAAAAUGAACUUCCUUUGCAACAUCAAGGAAGUGAAAUAUUCCAGUUUUAUCCUUUUGCUUCAAUCAGAACUUGAUUACGAUGUGGGAAAUGUGGAAGUGGAGCUUUUCUUAGUUUCCAAGUUUGUCGAAUCCUCUGUGUCGCAUUGUGGGAAAGUACAUUUGGAUUCCCAACAGGUGGCAAAAGCAAAAAUAUUCCAAGAACUAUUCUUUAAUGGGCUGUUUGGUAAAUUAUUUAUUAAAUCAUCGUGUGGAAGGAAAUUUCUGCUUGAUAGAGAAAAAUCUUUGUGGGAGCCAUCGAACAUGUACUUGCUUCUACCGCUGGAUCCUUUAGAUUCAAGUUGUGAACCCUACAGAGUUGAUUGGGAAGCAAUUGAAUCUUCUGUUUCAGUUGUAGAAUUUUUGAAAAAAAAUGUGUGGUUAAGCAAGGAGAAAUCUGAAGAUAAACGGAAGAACUCCUUAGUUGAUAGGACUGCAUCAUUUGUGGAAGAUAUUGAUCAAACCGAUUUGAUUCACUUUGCCAAUAUGUCAAUCUCAAGAAGCAAGAUUAUGGACAUGGUUGUUGUGGCCAUUCAUACUGGAAGAAUUUAUUCUGUUCUGGAGGCUGUUGCCAAUUCUUCCGCAGAGAGCCCCUUCGUAGUAGAUUCAGAAGCUACUGUAGCCCCGUUCUCAUCUUUUGCUGACUACUUCCAUAAAAAGUACGGGAUUGUUUUAGUGUAUCCUGGACAACCUUUGUUGCUACUGAAGCAAAGCCAUAACGCAUACAAUCUUCUCGUGGAUUUUAAAAAGGAAGGUAUUUCAUGUGGACCGAAAUCAAAAGAUAGUACAAUGGUGGUUAAAAAGCCACUGAAUAAUGUUCACAUGCCACCAGAACUUCUGGUCUGUUUUGACAUUCGGUUAGACAUCUUGAAAUCCUUCUACUUGCUACCAUCAUUAAUGCACCGCCUGGCGUCCCUGAUGUUGGCUAGCCAGUUGAGGAAAGAGAUAUCAAGCCAUUCAGGGGACUUACAUAUAUCAAGCUCAUUGAUUCUGGAAGCUCUUACAACUCUCAGAUGCAAUGAGAGUUUCUCCAUGGAACGUCUGGAGUUGCUUGGAGAUUCUGUUCUGAAAUAUGCUGUUAGUUGUUACCUCUUCCUUAAAUAUCCCAAGAAGCAUGAAGGGCAGCUAUCUAAUGAACGUUCACAGGCUAUUAGUAACUCAGCCCUCCAUAAAUUGGGAACUAAUCAACAUUUGCAGGGUUAUAUACGGGAUGGCGCAUUUGAUCCACGCCGAUGGACUGCUCCUGGGCAGCUUUCCCUGUGGCUUUGUCCUUGUGAACACGGGGUUGAAACUUCAGAAGUGCCUUUGGACAAGAAGUUUCUGACUGAAGAUCCCAAAGAAGUAGUUGGGAAGCACUGUGAUAGAGGACACAGAUGGAUGGGUUCAAAAACUAUAUCUGACUGUGUUGAAGCGUUAAUAGGUGCAUAUUACGUUGGUGGUGGGUUCGUUGCUGCCCUCAAAUUGAUGAAAUGGCUUGGUGUUAAAGCUGAGCUAGAACCUUCAUUAGUAGAAGAUGCGAUCAAUACUGCAUCUCUUUAUUCUUAUACCCCUAAAGCUAAAGAUAUUGAAGACCUUGAGUUGAAGCUUGCCUAUAAAUUUUCUAUUAAGGGACUGCUUUUAGAAGCUAUAACACACGCUACUGUGCAAGAGCUGGAGGCUGGGUACAGUUAUCAGAGGCUUGAAUUUCUUGGCGACUCAGUACUGGACAUUCUCGUUACCUGGUACCUUUACCAGAAGCAUAAAGAUAUUGAUCCUGGGGAACUAACAGAUCUGCGUUCUGCUUCUGUCAAUAAUGAUAAUUUCGCUUAUGCUGCUGUGAGAAGGAAUCUUCAUGUCCACCUUCAACAUCAUUCUGGAUGUCUUGAAAGUGAAAUAUCAUUGUUUGUGAAGUCAGUCUCUAAUUCCGAUUCACUCCAAGGAAACAAAGCCCCAAAGGUACUUGGAGACUUGGUGGAGAGUAUUGCUGGAGCAGUACUUAUUGAUACCAAGCUUAACCUGGAUGAAGUUUGGAAGAUCUUCAAGCCACUGUUGUCUCCCAUCGUGACUCCUGAUAAGCUUGAACUACCUCCAUUCCGUGAGCUCAUAGAAUUAUGUGACUCACUUGGCUACUUCUUUAAAGAACAUUGUGUGAUGAAGGGGGAUACCGUAAAUGCGGAGCUUAGGUUACAGCUGAUAGAUGAUCUGCUGGUCGCUGAGGGAUCUGGGCAAACUAGAAAAAAUGCAAAGGCGCAAGCAGCUCUGAAGUUACUGAAGAACUUAGAGAAAAAAGGAAUUUCAUUUAAGAAGAAAAAAGAAGAGGCCGGCUUUGUUGAUGUGCCACAAUCUUUAGACUUUGAUGGUGACAUCUGCAUCCAAGCAAAUACUUCUUGUCCUGAUACGGCUUCACGCAAAAAGCGAAAGAAAGUCUAUUUGAAUAAUAAGACGGAUGAAGCUCAAUCUGUUCCCAGUGACUGCUCCACCAGUUCCAGUUAUUCAAAUAAGGACACCCAAGUAAUUGGGCCAAUCAACAUGACAAGGGGUGGACCUCGCGUAUCACUCUUUGAACUAUGCAAGAAACUGCAGUGGCCAAUGCCUAAUUUUGAAUCAACAGAGCGUACAUCCAAAUCACUUAUUGAAUGUGGUGAAGGCUCUGAUAAAAGGAAGGUUUACAACACUUUUGCAUCUCGAAUCUCUCUGACAAUACCUGACUAUGGUUUGAUAGAGCUUACCGGGGAUGAAAGAGCUGAUAAGAAAAGCUCACUUGAUUCAGCAGCACUUCACAUGUUAUAUGAGCUAGAACGACAGGGGAAAAUAGCCAUUGGAAAUCAAUGAAUUAUCAUUAGUGUGAAUUCUCACAAUCUUGCUCUAAGGCGUAGAAUUGUUAGCAUAUAGCAUUUUAGGUCUAGCCCUUCGCUAAGGGAAUCCAGAAAUUGCUGUGUAUAUUUGCAUUAAAAAGUAGCAACAAACUUAAUAGUAGCGUAUCAGGCGGGCAUGAUUUCUGUUUCCAGCCAUUAUUGGAAAUCCAAUUGAAAAUAGGAAUGAACUUUUUGAAGUGUAUAACGGGGAUUGUUCUUAUGUCCCUUAUUUAAACCUUGAUUUAACUUAUCUAUUGGGACUUCCUUCUUCAU